CUUCGGCGACAAAGUGCAGUACAGCCUCCAUGAAGCGACAACCCUGUGAGAGCAGCGACCGUCAGUGAGGCGAAAUUGAUCGCGUUUAGAUAAAACAAGAAAUACAGCACGUUAAAUGUCCUGCUUUAACCCACCUCUAUGACUUCUCCAGAAGAUGAGAGUGUUUCCUGGAGGCUAAUAGGCCCUGUGUCGGAGCUGUCCAAGAAACAAUGCCGACUGAUCUAUUCGUCUGAGGGACGCGACGCGGAUGUUUGCCUGUUUCAGGUGAACGGGGAAUUCUUCGUGAUGGACGCUCGCUGCGCUCAUUCGGGAGGUCCGCUGUGUGAUGGAGAUAUCGAGGAGGCCGAUGGUGUUCUUCAGGUUUUCUGUCCUUGGCAUGACUAUGACUUCAAUCUCAAAACGGGGAAAUCAAGCACAGGUUUACAGCAACAAGUUUUUGAAGUGAAGUUGGAGGACGGCAAUGUAUACGUCAAGCACGCAAGUGAGCUCUCGUUACAACCUUUUGGCCAGGUCAAGGAAAACUGAAGUUGUUGGUUACCGCAAUGUUUUGUUCCCUCAAACUAAAACAUCUGCUUGGAUCUCGUAAUAUUUGAAAAAGAUGCAGAAUUUUAGUUGAAUAAACUUUCCUGUUCCCAGUGGAGCAGCUGUUAACAUUUGUGACAAUUUGUAUAUAUACACUACGAAUCAAAGAUAAAUUGUUCUUUAAUGUUGUAAGCAAAUUACUUCCAAUGAACAUUGUUUUCUGACAUUUUAAUUAUAUAUUUUAUGUUUUAUUUCAAUUGUGAAUUUCUUAAAAUGUAAGUUUGCAAAAUGUAUAUGCAAGAUUGAUUGAACUCAGGGAAAAUGGGGUUACAGAUUUAGUUAGCUGUACAUUUCAGCAGUUUAAUUAGUCGUAGUUUGAGAUUCAGAAUUGUUAGCGCUCCAGAGAUGUUAAUGCGUUUCUCUCUAGGGCCAUAACAAAUGUUUGAGGUUGUAACCUUCCAUAAUUAUACCUUCUGAGAUCCAGCCCUCUUGGGUGUCAGGUAGACUUUCUCCACUGGGAAGAAAAUGAAAAAACUUAUUUUCUAUUUAAGUUUAAUUUAAUAAAGCAAUGUCAACAGAACAUGUUUACAAGAGAUCUUUAUUUACAUUCUGGUAAAACUGACAGACAUUGUAAUCCACAAUUUACACAUAAAACUGGCUUUUGAGAUUGCAAGAUGGGAAUUUUCAUUCAGCAUAAGAAGUUACAAUAUGAAUUGCAUAGGUUUUCAGGAUGUGUUGUAUGUAACAUGUUUGUGAAGCAAGCAUGAAAAGCUAUUUCCAAGAGUGCAAAGGCAACUAUUCAACUCACUUUGUAGUGUAGUGGUAGAGUUAUCAAAGCACAUUUGCCAGAAGAUAUUCCUGGAAAAGUUGUAGUCUCCCUGAGACCAGCCAGACAGUUGAAGCAAGGACAAACACUUUUAAAAGCUAACUGGAGGCCAACAAAAUUUUAGCACCAUAUUCAUCCAAUAUCCAACUCCAUCUUUCCUCUGAAACAGAAAUGCACAGUAUAGCUAAAUAUGCUACAUGUAAAAGACCAAAGGUUACUUUAACUGGAUAUAUUACAAAAUUACAGAAGUUUAAAUUUAUUCAAGUUACAAAUGUACGACUCGACAUCACUUACAUGUGAGACUGUCUGGAAUAGAAAAAGAA